ACAUUCUCCAGUCUGCAAACAAAGACAUUGCAUGGGCAGAUUGCCGCAGAUAGAAAUUGACAGUCAGCGAUUUACCAUCAAAAACUACACGGACCAAAACUCUAUGCAUGUGUUCUGCACGACAAGACAGCUAUUGACGUCAUUGGUCUCACGCCCUCUCUUCCCUUCACUGUAUGGAUACAGUGUGCUACUCUGCCCCGCUACAUUGUCAUUAUCAAGCGGAGACAGCGGUGGGGGAAAAUGGCGAAAACGUACGAUUAUCUGUUCAAACUCCUACUCAUAGGAGACAGCGGAGUGGGCAAAACCUGUCUGCUCUUCAGGUUCAGCGAAGACGCAUUCAACACCACCUUCAUAUCCACAAUAGGGAUCGACUUCAAGAUUAGAACAAUAGAACUGGACGGCAAGAAAAUUAAGCUCCAAAUAUGGGACACGGCAGGGCAGGAGAGGUUCAGGACCAUCACCACGGCUUACUAUCGCGGAGCGAUGGGCAUAAUGCUGGUGUAUGACAUCACCAAUGAGAAAUCCUUCGAAAACAUCAAGAAUUGGAUCCGGAACAUCGAGGAGCAUGCAUCUUCAGACGUGGAGAGGAUGAUCCUAGGGAACAAAUGUGACAUGAACGACAAGAGACAAGUGUACAAAGAGAGGGGAGAGAAGUUAGCAAUAGAUUAUGGGAUCAAAUUCCUGGAAACCAGUGCAAAAUCCAGCUUAAAUGUGGAAGAGGCCUUUUUCACACUCGGGAGAGACAUCAUGACAAGACUCAACAGAAAAAUGAAUGACAGCAAUCCGUCAGGUGGAGGGGGACCGGUGAAGAUCACGGAGAGCCGAUCCAAGAAGAGCAGCUUCUUCCGAUGCGCGCUGCUCUAACGGAACUCUGCACCUCCGCGGACCAAACACAGACCUCUUCUCUCUGCUUCCUCGGGAGGGCGCCAUGCCUCCCAGCCAUAACCCAGGACUCUCAGCCGGCUGCUGCCGGGGGCCGCCUGUUCCCUCCGCCUCGGUGGGGGGAAGUCUCUUUGUCCCGUCUCAAAAAGAAGAAACGAAAGCUGAAAAAAGGAGCAUGUACGUGGACCUGCUGAUGAGGCGUCAGUGUUGACCUCCCCUGGCACCUUGACCUCCGUGAACCGUAGCAGAGCCUUGACCUCCCCGUCUCUGGGAUUCACUUGGCCCUUUUUUUCUGACUGCAUACCCAGAUUUGUGUCUUUGUCCCAGGCUUAAACUUUGCUUACUGCCUAAUGCUUUUAGCAGGACAACACACCUUUUGAUUGGAUUCCUUGUUUUAAUGUUGUCUUCGCAUUUGCACACUUCUUGGGUGCCCUUGAUAUCUUUUUUACUAUGAGAAGGACUCUAUCCAUGAUCAUUAAACACACUUCAGCAUCCCAAGUCUAAAUGCCCAGUCAUUAUAGCCAGAGUUGUUACAAAAACGAGAAGAGGUGCACCACAACAAGCUGCUUCAGUAUGAAAGAGAAGUGUGAGCGUUUUCUUUUUCCCUAGACUUUGCUUUUAUUUUCUACCAAAGCUUAUCGUGUCAUCUUGAUGUCUUAGUCAGUUGCUUAGUGACGGUAGUUUACUGCGGUAGUUUGCGCUUUAAAUAAUGGCCUGUUUCGUAUUGACGGUUCUGUGUCAUAGCCUUGGACAUGGGAAAUAAGAAGAAGGAUAGGAAAAGCUAUGUGCAAACAUUCGGCUUUUAAUAACAGAUUAAAAAGCUGUGACUGAAGCCAUGCUUGAUUGCAUUGAAUAGCUGUAAUACAGCACUUUUAUAAAAACAGUAGUAUAUUAGCAAGAAUGUCUAAGUAGGUGUUUGUGGUUUAGAAACCUUUUGAGUACAGCUGUCUGGUGAUUAUUGCCACCGUAUGGUGUAGUGGAGGGAGGUAGCAAUGCUGGCACUUUGAGUGAAAAUCACCUUGGAGAGGACUUCACUUGUAUGAUUCUUCAGAAAAAUUCAGAAAUGAGCUUUUUUAAGUUCCCUUCAGUGUACUUUUCACCUACCUUCUCCAAGCUAUUAUCGCUUGGAGAACUGUGCAGAACUAUUUCAGUCAUCAAAGGUGUGCAAUAGUGUACUUUGGUUCAAGGACUUUCUGCUCUAGUUGUUUUUAACAAAUGAUCUAAUGAGAAUAAAUUGAAAUCGGCAAAUUAUAACAUAUCAAAUGUAUCUAACUAGGGAUAUCUUUCUUACUUUUGAGUGUCUUUGCAGCUUUUAUUGUUAUUUUAUGUUUAAAUUCAACAGGCUUUGCCAUGCAUAAUUGAUGCACAUCAUAGCGCAUUGCAUCUUCUCCUGUGGAAGACACUUGCUUCUUGCAUCUCAAGUAAAUGAGACCACAGGGGGGCACUGUUUGGUUGUGAGGUGAGACGAGGGAAGGGCAGAUCUCUAUGCUAGUGUUUGUUGAAGCAGCGGCAGACUUGAGCUGUGCUGUGACGUGCAUUUAAUGCAAAUUUCUUAUGAGUAAUUCAUGUAUUAUUAUAUUUUUGUAUGUAAUCUUCCAAGAACAUUGAAUUCGUACACCAUGCUCUCUAAGAACGUGUGAAACCAUAGGAGAACCACUUUAUGCAUGCCUGUGUAAAUUCCCUGUAAGCUAAAUUACUGAAAUGUCAUGCAUCACUUGUUGAUUAAUCCAUGAUUUUAUUUCAUAUUAAUAUUAGCACUGUCACAGUCAUUUUUAAAAAAUGUUAUUGAGUGCAGCCUGUUAAUUUUUUAUUCUUUCUUUCAGAAAACAAAGUUGUAUAAUGUAAAAGAUUUUUUGCAUUGUUUACAAAAGCUGUUCUUCAGUAUUAACUCUUUCUUUAGCUGCACUUUACCUUGUGUGUUUUUGCUCUUAAUGUAAGGGUGGAUGUUUUUUUUUUACACAGGUGACAAUAAAAGUCACACUUGUGCCGAUUUUCAGGUUGAACGCAUUUCAUAGUACAACUGAAGACUAGCGACAGGCAUAGCUUGUGACCUAACAACUUAAAUCCUGGGCUGUGAUUGGGCAAAGUGUCCUUUAGGAAGUAACCACUGCAGUUCACUUUACGGGUUGACACAACAACUAAUCGCCAUAACAACCUCAUGCAGUGAGACGGUAUUUCAGUUUUCAUGAGAGUCGGAUAAGAUUGAGAAAUCAAUUGCACCGAUCCAAGCUGUUGCAUUGUAGCGCAAUAUGUAUUGAGGUAUUUAAAGUCAUUUUUACUGUAUACCUUAUAGUAUGGGCACCUCCAAAAUGUGAAACAUUUUGAAUUUGUCUUGUUUAAAAAAAAAAAAAAAAGUUCAAUCAUUUUCUUAACUUUGAUGCCGUAGCCUGUCAGUACACCCCAAGUCUCAGCUGAAGGUAAAUAAAUUUGAAUUUUAUUGACACACUUGUCCCAACUCCUGUAAAACCUGUAUUUGUUUACUCAUCCCAGUAAAUUCUGGUUUAUUUGUAUUUCUCUGUGCAAUGAAAGAAUGUUGUUUUGACUGUGUCCUACUGUACUUAAGUGUAAAUUGAAAGUGCUUCACAGAGAAAGAAACAUUCUGGCUCUGUCAUACAGACAU